AUGGAAAGUGAGAAAAAUAAUGCACCCACUUUUUUGAAAUUAAAAUGCUCUCAUCUUUUGAGGCAAUUAAAUGAUUUAGAAAUAAAGCUAUCUUCCGAUUUUUUAAAUAAUUGUCACGAAGUGCAACUACAACUUCUUGUUGACUCUCUGCAGCAACUCAACACUAAGUUUGAUGAAGCUCAAUCGAGUCUUGAACAGGAAGACUUUACUGAGCUGGAAAGUGAUGUGCGAGGUAAUUUUGAACAAACUUGCUUUAACAUAAAAUCUGCAGUAAUGAUAGAGUUGUCUAGUCGACAGACAAAUAUUAGAAAUUCCACAAGCUCAGCGCUGGAUGCUAUAAAGUCACUCGAAAUUAGUGACACUAACUAUGCUAAGUCACUUCAUAUACUUUCUAAAAGAUUUGACAACAAGAGAUUGAUUUUUCAGGCACACAUAAAGGAGAUAUUUGGUUUGCGACGUGUCGAACCAAAUGCUGUUAGUGACCUUCGAUGUCUUAGUGAUAAAAUCAAUUCACAUCUACAUGCAUUGACCACGCUGGGCAGCAAGGAGCAAAUUGCUGAUUGUCUGAUAAUACACCUCGUUUCGCAAAGACUAGAUAUUGCAUCUCAAGCAAAAUGGGAAGAGAAAGCUUCAAUUGAUACAAUACCCACUUGGGAUCAAAUGGCAGAUUUCAUUGACAACAGAUGUAAAACUUUGGAGCAUAUCAAUUACGGCACAAAAAUUAAUGCACAUAUCAAGAACAAACAAGUCAAUCAUUCUUCAAUGGUAAAAAGGGUGUUCAUAACAACAAGCUCAAAUGGCUGUACAUUUUGUGACAACGAGACUCACUCUAUUUACACAUGUUCUAAAUUUGCCAAUUUAUCUCCAAAGGUUCGUUUAGUUGAAUCUAGAAAACAAGGCCUUUGUUUAAACUGUUUGAAGAAGGGACACUAUUUAAAACAAUGCAAGUCGUCGCGUUGUCGUGUUUGCUCAGGAACUCACCACACUCUUUUGCAUUUGAGUAAUUCCAAUAACAGUAAUAGUUUUCCCUUAUUUUCAGAUACAGUGCCGAGUGAUAAUCAAAUAAAUAACACGAAAAUAAAUGUGCAGUCUUCCUUGAUUUCCACAAACGCUUCACAACAAAGCCAAAAUUAUCCUUUAAAUGAAUGCGUACUUCUGCCAACUGCUGUCAUAUUAGUAAAAAAUCAUGCUGGUGUUUUUGUACCAUGUCGUGCUCUUUUGGAUUCAGCAUCACAACUGCAUUUUAUCACAAGAGCAUUCGCCAACACACUUAAGCUUAAAACUACGAAAUCAGUCACAUUAGUAUCCGGUAUCGCGGAUGGAGACUUUGUCGCUGAUAGCACUGCUGAGCUAUUAAUACAAUCCCGUUUUGGCGAUUAUUCCGCUAACAUCACUGCAGUGAUUGCUCCCAAAAUAACCAAUCAGCAUCCGAGCACAAGCGUCAACAUAGCUGAUUGGAGUAUUCCAAACAAUCUUCCACUUGCCGAUCCAAACUUUUAUAACUCUCAAAGAAUUAAUGUUCUGAUUGGUGCAACUCUCUUCUUUGAUCUCCUGUGUAUAGGACAAAUCCGUUUAGCUCCUCGAUUACCAGUGUUACAAAAAACCCUUCUUGGUUGGGUAGUUUCAGGAGGAUGUCCAUAUUCUACAACAUCAUCAUCUUCAUUAGUCACAUUUAAAGGUGAAUUAAAUUCGAAUGAUCAGUAUCACCCUUUGGAUCAACAAGUGAAAAAAUUCUGGGAAUUAGAAAGUUGUUUCGAUCCUAUAAUCAAAAUUACAAAAGAGCAUUUAGAUUGUCAAGACCAUUUUCAAGCACAUUUUUCUCGUUUAGUAACUGGUGAAUACUCAGUUCGGUUACCAAUCAAAUUAGAUGUUCAAUCGCUUGGUGACUCAUAUCAACAAGCUGUACGCCGUUUUCAAAACCUGGAGCGUAAACUACAACGAAAUGCUGAUCUAAAGUCGCAAUAUAGUGCAUUUAUAAAGGAGUAUUUGCAUCUUAAUCACAUGUCACUAUUGACUGAUGAAGAAUUAAGUCAUCCCAAGUAUUUUUUGCCACAUCAUUGCGUUAUCAAGGAAUCCAGUUCUUCUACAAAGCUUCGUGUUGUAUUUGAUGGUUCAGCAGUUACAUCAACUGGGUACUCUUUAAAUGACAUAUUAAUGGCCGGUCCUACAAUUCAACCAAAUCUUAUUGAUUUACUUAUUCGCUUUCGUUCUUUUCCUAUUGCAGUAACUGCAGACAUUUGCAAAAUGUACCGUUGUGUUCGCAUCACACCUCCAGAUACUUUUUUACAAUGUAUUCUUUGGAGAGAUGACCUGCAGGAACCACUGAAGGUAUAUAAACUUGAUACUGUCACUUACGGCACAAAGCCUGCGGCUUUCCUGGCUGUUCGAGCUAUGCAACAAUUAGCGGUUGAUGAAUCAUCAAAUUUUCCUAUUGGUUCCAAAAUUACUCUUCGAGAUUUUUAUGUUGAUGACUUAAUUUCCGGUGGUAAUUGCAUUAAUGAUGUUCAAGACAUUGUGAGACAAACUUCUGCAUUGCUCAAUAAAGGCAAUUUUAAACUUAGAAAAUGGUGUUCGAAUCAAUUAGCUGCUCUUGAUGACAUUCCUGAAGCCGACAGAGAGCCAUUGCUCAAUUUCGAUGAUGGCAGUGAGUUUACAAAAACCCUUGGUCUAAUCUGGAAUCCAACCGAAGAUAAAUUCUUAUUCACCUUUGUUCCUUGUCAGGAUUCAAAGCGUGUUACAAAGCGUUCUGUGCUUUCUGUUAUUGCACGAUUUUAUGACCCGCUUGGUCUUGUUGGUCCAUUGAUAUCAAAGGCAAAAAUAUUUUUACAGUGUUUGUGGAAGCAUACACUAGAUUGGGACGAGAGCCUUCCAAAUCAACUGCACACCGCAUGGACUGACCUCUACAAUCGUCUACAUAUAACUCAAAAAUUGGAAUUUCCACGUUAUGUCUCUUUACUUAAUGCAGCACUCGAACUACAUGCCUUUUGUGACGCUAGUAUGAAUGAAUAUGGUGUUUGCAUCUAUGUAAUCUCACGGUUCGGAAGUUCUACGUCUGCUAAUUUACUUUGUUCAAAGUCUCGAGUAGCACCUUUAAAAACACUGACAGUGCCAAAAUUGGAAUUAUGUGCCGCAGCCUUAUUAGCUCAACUAAUUCAUCAAAUCUCAAUGCUAAAUAUAUUUAAUGCUGAAUUUCAUUGUUGGUCUGACUCAUCUAUAGUAUUAUCUUGGAUCAGAUCUGAGCCGUCUACUUUCAACGUAUUCGUGGCCAACCGAGUGAGCAAAAUUCAGCAUAUGACUAAAGGCAUGAUAUGGCAUCAUGUUCCCACCGAUUUAAAUCCUGCCGACAUUUUGUCAAGAGGAGCGACUCCAGACGAACUCUUAACUUCAUCACUUUGGAAAUGUGGACCACCGUUUUUGCUUGACAAUCGAAAUACUUGGCCUGCAACUUUUUCCCUCUAG